AUAAAAUAAAAUAAGAGAGAGUAACAAUUAAUGUGUCACAAACUUUGCAAAGAACUCAUAAACCUCUAAUCUUCUAAAUUUUAGAUAAAUCUAGUGUAUUUUCUUAUACCCAGAAACCCAGAAAAGUAAAAAGAUUAUUCCUCAUUCACACACAUAUCCAUAGCCUAUAUGUGUAGAGAGAGAAAAAAAAGUGGCAGUUUGCGUCUCUCCUCCAUUCAGCUCUGUCCCCAGUCAGUAAAUACUGGACUCCACACACACACUAUAAUUCCCUUUCACACACAUUCUCACUCGGUUUUCAACCUUUUGGAGCAAUACAGCAGUAAAAGUGGAGCAACAGCCAUUUGAUCUAGGGUUUCGUUUGGGUUUGACAUGCGGACGGGCCACCAUGGCUGAAUCACCAUCAUCAACCUCUGAAAAACCCCCAAUUGUGAAGGUAGGGUUAGGGUUUUUGGUCGAGGACACGCCACCGUCCGAUCCGAUCAAGCCUGAGCCCGAAAUUGUUGAGAUCCAGCAGCCCGAGGCUCCCGAAAAUGCCCCUGGUGAGGGGAGUGAUCCGCCGACGGCGGUGAUGGAGGAGGUGGUCGGCGAAACCGCCGCCCCCGAUGAAGAGGCGGAAUUUCUUAAUGCUAUUGAGAGAGACUUGUGUGAGCUUACCAUCCAGCAGGCCCACAUCGAGAGAUUGGUGUGCAUUGAUGAGGAAAAAGGGGAUCAUUUGGGAACACAAAAGGAUGGCAAAGAUUCGGAGAGCGGCGAAUAUGAAAAUGAGAUUGAUGAAGGUGAUGAGGAUAAGGAGGGUAGUGUAGCUAUUAAUUUUGGUGAUGGAGCGUCGAAGUUAGGGAGAUUUAAUCAGAACAAUAGUCGAAGGAAGGUUAACUAUCCCAUGAGACCUGACGCAGAGGAUUGCGCUUUUUACAUGAAAUUCGGGUCGUGUAAAUUUGGGUUGAAUUGCAAGUUUAAUCACCCUCCUAGGAGAAAGAAUCAGAAUGUUAAGGAGAGAACAAAUCACAAGGAAGAGAAUUCAGAGAGGGGAGGGCAGACUGAAUGCAAGUAUUAUCUGACAUCAGGGGGGUGCAAAUAUGGAAAGGACUGUAAAUACUCUCAUGGUUCAGACAGAAGCUCCUCAAGCCAAAUGCCAGAGUUCAACUUCUUAGGGUUACCACUUCGAAUUGGAGAAAAAGAGUGUCCCUACUACAUGCGCACUGGGUCCUGCAAAUAUGGAUUGAAUUGCAGAUAUCAUCAUCCUGAACCUGUCACUGUUGGUGGUGAUUCCACUUCUGGAUAUGGAAAUGGGGGUUCUUUUCCACCACAAUUUGUUUCCUCGUCAUCUCCCUCUUCAUGGUCUUCACCAAGAGCAUUUAAUGAGACUUCUCCAUUCAUACCAGUUAUGUUUCCACCAUCCCAAGGUGCUCCUACUUCAAACCAAGAUUGGAACGGCUAUCAGGCUGCAACCUACUCUGCAUCUGAGGGCCUACCAACGCCCCCAGCCUUUGCCAUGAACAAUCUACCAGCUGAGAUAAACUUCCCCAUGCGUCGUCAGCCUGAUAUUCUAGUCGAAGAAUAUCCAGAACGUCCCGGUGAACCAGAAUGCAGUUUCUUCCUAAAAACUGGCGACUGCAAAUACAGGUCAAAUUGCAAAUUUCAUCAUCCAAAAAGCCGUAUGUUCAAGGGAAAACCAAACACAUACACUCUCAGCGACAAAGGCUUGCCUCUUAGACCUGUAAGAUUUUUUUGUUUUAUUUCUCAAUGCACGCAUGCACACACACACACACACACACACACUCAUAUGACAUGUUGCCUUUACAUUGUUAGAAAACGUUCUUUCUUGAGUGGACUCUUGUAUGUUCAACUGAAUUUUCCAUUUAAUGCUCACACUAAGCAAAGCUAUCUUGUGCCUUUAACAACCAUCAUCCAAAACGGAAAAUAGAAGCUGGGUUUUGUUGGAAGCAUCUUUCUCAUAGUCUCCAAACGAUGGACGUGCAAUUGAGAAAACUUAUCUUACUGAUAAAUCUAUCUGUAUCUGUUGCAAUUCUUAACAAUGCAGGAUCAGCCCAUCUGCACGCAUUAUCACCGCUACGGCAUUUGCAAGUACGGACCAGCUUGUAAAUAUGAUCACCCAUCAAACUUUGCCAUCUUGCCGACCCCCUUUGAUCAGCCACCGUUUGGGAAUCCAAAGACAAUGGACGGGGCUGUAAUGCUGGGGAAAGGAAAUGAAAGCUGAUUUAUAAGCUUAGAAGCUUGAGCCUAACUUAGAAAAUUAUCCAGUCUUUUUUGCCAGGUCUCAUUUAUUUACUCGUUUCAUGUUAAACUAGAGUUUAAACUUUGGACAUGCAACUUCUGCUUGACUUUUGUUAGUACCUAAAUACAGUUUUGUAGUGACCACCAACACUUUAUAUUU